AUUUUAGAAGUACCCCAUCAUAGUCACUUCGAUCCGACACACUCAUCCAUCCCAAUGGACGCACAGGAAGAUUCCGCCUCCCCCUCCAGUACAACGUCCUCCUUCGACGACAAUCACCAAACGCGGCGGAGAAUAUGCGCCAGUGGAUGUGAUAGGCCCGUGAACGUGUGCUUAUGCCACACCCUCCCACGCUACCCUCUUCCAACCUCCACAAAAAUAGUGAUCCUGCAUCACCCUCACGAGCGCCGCCACAAGCUCGCCACUGUCCCUCUCCUUUCUAAAUGCCUCAGAAACUGCGAAAUCGUCGUCGGACGCAAAUUGAAGUACGGGGACUCGAAGCUUCUCGAUUCUCUAUACGAUCAGGCCUGCGGAAACCCCAAUUGGCCCCGCUGGCGAUUUCUUUACCUGUUCCCUGGUUUAGAAGCAUUACCAUUAGCCGAAAUCAAGAAGAGGAAGUCCUCUCUUGAUGAUGACGACAUGAAUGGUCAUGUGUUGGUUGCUUUUGAUGGAACUUGGAAGCAUGCAAAGGAGAUGGUGCUCGCGAGUUUACCCUUUUUAUCCAAGUUUUCUCUUCAAGUUUGUUUAAAUUUUGACCCCGCAGUUGAUGGUGGGACUAUUUAUGAUUCAGACUUGAUUCUAAGAAAGGAACCAUUUGAUGGAUGUAUGAGUACAAUGGAAGCUGUCGCGAGGUCUUUACGUGUUCUUGACCCUAAUGGAAUUGAGAUCGAGUCUAGAAUAAUUGAUGUUUUAAGAGCUAUGGUUGGUUUUCAAUCUUGUUUCUUGAAGCCCACAAAGCCAAGAAUGAAGUUGAAAAAGGCUAAAGGAUGAGAAGUGAAAUACAGACUCUGGUACCGCGUGAUUGAACUUUCGUGCAUGAUUACUAGUUAGUUCCCAAAUUAAUCGUAAUGGACAGAAAACCUUUCUGGAUAUCGUAUUAAUUGAAAUGUACUUUCCAUCGAAAGCAGGGGGCAUGAA